GAGAAAAUAUUCCUUUUAUAGGCGUCAUAUUACAUGUCUCAACAGUCACAGUCGAUAUCCCUCCUGGAAGAAACUGAUAAACAAAUACGGGAACAAGCUUGCAGUGAGCAAUUAAAGCGUUUGAAGGAGACUCGUAAUAAAAAUCGUGAAGAAGUUAUUGAUUUUGUCAGACAUUGCACAUGGUAUCGUGUCUCUCUAUUUUCCCGAUGGAAGCAGAGAGGAAUGUAUGCCACAUGCAUGUGGAUUGUGCAAUUGCUACUGGUUCUUAGCAAAUUGGAUUCAGUAUUUAUCUACAUCCCUGAGUUUUACCUUGAAGCUCUGGUUGACUGCUUUCAUGUCUUGCGUAAGAGUGAUCCUCCAUUUGUCCCGCCUGCAAUAUUUAUCAAGCAAGGACUUACUUCAUUUGUGACAUUUGUAGUUACCCACUUCAAUGAUCCAAGAAUAUCAAGUGCAGACUUAAGGGAUCUUCUUCUCCAAUCAAUAUCAGUCCUGGUGCAGUACAGGGAGUAUUUGGCAGCUUUUGAGAACAAUGAAGCAGCCAAACAGCGAAUGCCAAAGGCAUUACUGUCAGCAUUUGAUAACCGAUCUUGGGUACCAGUUACAAAUAUUCUUCUGCGGCUAUGCAAGGGUUCUGGAUUUGGUUCUUCUAAGCAUGGAGAAUCUUCAUCGUCCUCAGUUAUUUUCCAGAGACUGCUGCGUGAAGCUUGUGUCAAUGAUGAAGAGUUGUUCUCUGCUUUUCUCAAUCGUCUAUUCAACACUCUCAGCUGGUCAAUGACUGAAUUCUCAGUUUCCAUUCGAGAAAUGCAAGAAAAAUACCAGGUAUUGGAGUUUCAGCAGAGAAAAUGCUGUGUGAUAUUUGAUCUCUCAUGUAAUCUUGCAAGGGUGUUGGAAUUCUGUACCUAUGAGAUCCCUCAAGCAUUCCUCUCAGGACCUGAUACAAACCUUAGAAGGCUGACCGAGUUGAUUGUUUUUAUUCUGAACCAUAUAACUACAGCAGCUGAUUCUGAAUUUUUUGACUUGUUACUUAGACGGCAUGGUCAAUCUUUAGAGAAAGUAAAUAGAGGCAUGAUAUUUGCCCCUCUAGUAGGGAUCAUUGUAAAUUUGUUGGAUGCUAGUGCAGAGUCAGAAUUGAAGGAACAGAAUGACGUUGUGAGUAUAUUUGCAAGCAUGGAUUGCCCUGAAAUCAUGCAUUGUGGUUUCCAGUACCUGUUAGAGUAUAAUUGGGCUACAUCUUUUAGAGGAGAAGCCUAUCUUCCUAAACUUUGUCAGCUGGAGAAUUUCUUGAGCCUCCUCAUCAGCCAUACUGAGCCACAGAAGAUUGAGGGGCUGCAAAGUGGCGAAAUGGAUGCGGACGACGGUAUGUGCUGCAUCUGUUAUGCUUGUGAAGCUGAUGCACAGUUUGCACCAUGUUCCCAUAGGUCUUGCUUUGGUUGCAUAACUAGGCAUCUUUUAAAUUGUAAAAGAUGUUUCUUUUGCAAUGCUACUGUGUUGGAAGUCGUCAGAACCAUAGAAAAGACAGUUGAAAGAUAAUAAAGAAUGUUACUCUUGAGGGGCCAGAAAUGCGCGGAAAGAAAGAAAGAAAAGGAAAGGGAAAAGCAGCUUCUUCUUUUUUUUUUUACCUUUGGUAUUCACUGUAUGUGUUGCUCUUAAGAUAACGAUUUAUCUCUUUGUGUAUAAGCGUUUGCAAGGUAAAAAGGUAAAAAGGGAUUGGGAAAAGAAAUCCUGGGUAAUUUUGUAGGUCGAGUUGAGGGCAUUAUUCUGUAAAUAUGAGAUGUAAAUGGCAAGGAAAAUCAAAAUCCUUUGGAAAGCACUCACGCUAUACUCUUCGAUGCUGGUUGUAUGGUCACACUUGGUUAAGAUAAAAUGGGUUUACUUA